UUGAAGGCAACAACUUGGUCCAAGGCUGCUGGCGGCAGCGGUUGCCAGCAGCUCUGACAAAACCUUUUCAAUGAUAAUUAGAGGGACGUUUCGAUGUGUCAUUAAACUGUGCGUGCGCCAAAGUUUGUCUAUACUUUUGGAGCGCGCUGUCCACAAUACGCAUGGCGCACCACAAGGGAACUUGAGAAGUUGUUGAUGGCAAGAAUGGAACGAAACGAGUCAAGACAAACAUUGGGCAAGCUUGAAAAGUGCUGUUUGUGGAGAUGACGGCGUGAGUGAGAGCUGCACCGCGGCUUCAGCCCAUGGACUACAAGCUGGGAGGACACCACUUGACAGAUGAGCGCGAGAAGGAGCAUAUUCCAUCAUGACGAUUGUGACUUUACUGUGCGCCAUGCUCGGGCUGUGGGGCUCCAGCGUGGCCAACAGAAACUGCCCGGACCUGAUCGUGGACAGCUGUCAAUGUUCGGCCGAAAGGUCCAAAGACCCGAGCAGGCAGCACGUCCGAGUCAAAGUGGUGUGUGAUGAUGUGGACCUGAUGGAGACACUGCACCCGAGCUUUUUGCCCAACAGGACCUUCUCACUAAAUCUGAGUAACAACAAGAUCGCUGUGCUGAGGAACGGCUCCUUCUAUGGCUUGGCAGCUUUGGAAAAACUGGAUCUGAGGAAUAAUCUGAUAAGCAGAGUAGAGCCCUGGGCCUUCCGUGGUCUGCUGAUUCUGAGGAAACUGGACCUGUCCAACAACAGAAUAGGUUGCCUCUCCCCUGAAAUGUUUCUAGAUCUGGGCAAUCUUUUCAAAUUGAAUUUAUCUGGGAAUAUCUUCUCCACGUUGACAGUUGGACUCUUCUCACACCUAGUGGCUCUAAGAGUACUACACUUCAGGACAGAUACUUUAUUCUGUGACUGUCAGCUGAAAUGGCUUCUCUUGUGGGCCCGAAGCAACUCAGUGAGGAUUGGCAAUGACACGGCAUGCGUGUUUCCCACCCACCUCCACGGCCUGGGGUUUCGCAAUCUCCGAGGACAGCAGCUCACAUGUGAUGGAGCUCUGGAGGUACCCCUCUUUCAUUUGAUCCCUUCCCAGAGGCAGCUGGUUUUCCAGGGAGACCGUCUGCCUCUUCAGUGCACUGUUACUUACUUGGACGCUUCGGUUGAGCUGCAGUGGCAUCACAAUGGCCACACUGUCACCACGCAAGAGGACCGAGGCGUUUACGUGGAAGAAACCUUGCUUCAUGACUGUUGUCUGCUUACCAGUGAGGUCAUCCUCGCUAACAUGGACGUGGGCCUCGCUGGUACUUGGGAGUGUUUAGUGACGAGUUCCCGUGGCAACAGUUCUCGGCAGAUGGAGUUGGUCGUCCUUGAGAUGUCUGCGCCGUACUGCCCUUCCGACCGAGUCACUAACAACAAGGGAGAGUUUAGAUGGCCAAAGACUCUAGCGGGCAUCUUGGCUUUUUUACCUUGCGCUCCUGCCACUUUUGGUUCUGCGCCUCACCCUUCGGGCAACGCUCCGGUGCCCUCCAGCCAUAAGUACAAGAAGGCAUGGCGGCGCUGUGACCGGACUGGACGGUGGGAUGAAGAGGAUUACACUCAGUGCCCUUAUGCCAGUGAACUCACACGUGUGCUACAUGAGCUCACCCAGAUUACCGUCAACACUAGCAAUGCUCAGCCUUUGGGCCAGCAAUUAGUGGCCUUCACCAGCAGGGCAGCUCACUUCACUGAUGUCAUGGAUGUCAUCUUUGUUACACACCUAGUUGAGAGACUGACCAGACUGGUAAAGAAACGCAACGAACUGGGAGACUAUAUUUCAGAGAUAGCCAGCAACAUGAUGCUGGUAGAGGAGCACAUCCUGUGGAUGGCCCAGAACGAAGCGAGAGCAUGCACUCGCAUUGUUCAGUGUGUGGAGCGCAUUGCUGACCUGGCACUGACUGGAGACAAUCGGGCCAUUUCCAAGGUCUCCGCAAACAUCGCUCUGGAGGCCUUUCUGAUACGUCCCACCAACUUUCUUGGUCUGUCUUGCACGGCACUCCAACGGCCUCCAUUGUCAACCACGUCGGAAAGCCACGCCCCAAACAAGGAUACGAGACGAGAACACGAUGCCAUGGGCGAAUCGUUCCUCAACUUCAAAUGUGACACGAUCAAUCGAAGCUCAGCGGCCAGUCAUCUCAGCAUGAACUCCGUGGCAGUCGCCUCCAUCCAUUUACCUCUGGCUGCUCCGCACACCUCCUCCUCUGCCUUGCAAUCUGUUGAUAACUCCACUUGCAGGCUGCAGUUCAUCGUAUUCCGCAAUGGCAAACUCUUCCCGUGCACGGGGAAUUCGUCCAAUCUCGCGGACGAUGGGAAGCGCAGGAGCGUGUCAACACCAGUUGCUUUCACCAAAUUAGAUGGCUGCAGCCUGGGGAGCGCCGUGCACUCCGUCACUAUUGCACUCAGGCACUUCGCACUGGGGGUAGAGCCCACCGCAGCCUAUUGGGACUUUGACCUGCUGGAUGGACAUGGUGGUUGGAGGGCAGAGGGCUGCCACAUAACAGGCUCCGGUGGAAACACGACCACCAUUCACUGCACCCAUCUUAAUAACUUUGCCGUGCUCAUGGAUCUGAAGAAGGUGCUGUCUUUCCCCCCAUACCCAGCGGAGUUUUUGCACCCGGUCGUGUAUGCCUGCACGGCGGUCAUGCUGCUCUGCCUCUUUGCCUCCAUCAUCACGUAUAUAGUGCAUCACAGCGCGAUCCGCAUCAGUCGGAAGGGAUGGCAUAUACUUCUCAACUUCUGCUUCCAUACGGCUCUGACCUUCGCUGUGUUUGCUGGCGGCAUCAAUCGAAUCAAAUAUCCCAUCAUAUGUCAGGCAGUGGGACUCGUGCUGCACUAUUCGUCUUUAGCGACCAUGCUGUGGCUUGGUGUGACAGCCAGGAACAUUUACAAGCAGGUGUCUAAGAAGCCUCUCCAGAGCCAAGAUGGGGACCCCCCAAGGCCCCCUAAACAACCACUGUUGAGAUUUUAUUUAAUCAGUGGUGGAGUGCCCCUCAUCAUCUGUGGGGUCACAGCAGCUGUCAAUCUUGACAACUAUGGGAGUGGGGAACAAGCACCAUACUGCUGGAUGGCCUGGGAGCCAAGUCUGGGCGCUUUCUUCGGCCCAGUUGCCCUCAUCGUCCUGGUGACGUGCAUCUACUUCCUGUGUACCUUCAUUCAACUGCGGCGCCGCCCCGAAAAGAAGUACGAGCUCAAGCGCUUGACAGAAGAGCACCAAAGGUUGGCCUCCGUCGACGUGCCGACUCAGUGCCAGCAGGCGGCCGAGCCCGGCGCCCUGACGGCCCAACCUUCCGGGAGCCACUGCCCCGCCGGUUGCCCGGGCGUCCCGGUUAAUCCCGCCCUGCUGGCCAACGAGCACUCCUUCAAGGCCCAAUUACGCACGGCGGCCUUUACGCUUUUCCUCUUCCUGGCCACGUGGACUUUUGGGGCACUGGCUGUGUCACAGGGUCAUUUCCUGGACAUGAUCUUCAGUUGCCUGUACGGUGCCUUCUCUGUCACGCUGGGCCUCUUCAUCCUCAUCCAUCACUGUGCCAAACGGGACGAUGUCUGGCAUUGCUGGUGUUCUUGUUGUCCCGGGGGGCGAGCCAACGGCUGCUCCGGUGCCCACGGGCCGGGCCAAGUGCCGCCAAAAGUCAACGUCAACGGAGAUACCCCUUCGCACGGACACGCUCACUGCCACCACGAUUCGCCGUGUAAAGCGCUGAUGAGCUGUAGUCACGGCGGCGUCAAUCACUGUAAACACGCUGCCCUCCCAUCGUCACAAAAUCACCUAACGUGUCUGACGCCUGUGACUCCAUGUUGCGCCGCCCUGCAUAGCCAGCAGCUGAUGGAGGAGGAGCCUACUGCCACACACGUGCUGCUUCACGCCGAUCCAGAGGGUUACCGGCCGGGCAUCCAGUUGCACCCCUGUUUGAAGAGCAGCAGCAGCAUCAGGACUAAAAGCCGCCAUCUCAGCCGCCGGUCCGGCACCAGCGUUUGCGGCGGCGGCGGCGGCGCGGGGAGCGAGAGGGAAUACGCCUAUCAUAUCCCCUCCAAUAUUGACGGAGGCAGCGUGCACAGCUCACACACUGACAGCCCCCACAGCAGCCACGAGCGUCACAUCCACACGUGUCCGCAUCAGGUCCACGAGGGCCUCCACGAGGGGCAUCAUACUUGCCAAGCGGCAGCUGCGCACGAGGCCCUGGCGUGUCAUAAUCCCUGCCAUCGGCAUAUGUGCUGCGCCAAGGCCGACAUUUUCCCUUCCCUGUGCCCGGCGGAGACGGCCGACGCUGGCGUCUUCCUGUGCGGGUGCAGCAAAGUGGCGGAGGAGGAGCCGAUCACGCAUCACCAUUUGGAAAUGCACGGCCCGCGCAGACAAUCUUACACGCAGAAUCCGCCCAAUCAGAAUGGGAUUCUAAAGGGCGGCUUGCACGAGGGACUCCUUUACAGCUCAGACAGUACAGGGAAUAUACGCACUGGACCCUGGAAGAAUGAAACUACUGUGUAGUCUGGGAUGGAUUCAAGCAGCAGCAGCAGCCUGCAGCAGCAGCCUGCAGCCUGCAGCAGC